AUGAAGGUCUCCCAACUGGUCGCCGCUCUGGCGGCCAUAUGCAGCUCGACAGCCGUCGACGCUCGCCUCGUCGCGAGGGUGCCCCAAGCUACACGCUCGGUUGUCCUGCCCGCGGACGGCAUGUCACCCAAGCCUACCGUGCCCCCCAGCAUGCACGAGCUGCUGCGUCGCCAGGACUCGACGUCGUAUAAGUUGACCAUGGCCGUGGCGCCCGACAACACUUGCGGCUACAUCUCCGGCAACGCCAGCUGGGCCUACACCUGCGGCCCCAGCGCGACGUGCGGCCUCGUCUUUUCACAGCCGACUCACUCCGGCCUCGUCAUGUGCUACAACGACGGAGGCUCCAACUUCCGAUUCGGAUGCAUGGACUACAACGACAUCUUUACAUCUAGCAAGUGCGGCGACGCCUGCGCCCAGGACACUCUUGUUCUCAAGUGCACAAACUCUGCGAGCAAGUUCUGCAACACCAUCGCAUUCGCCGGCGGCAUCACAGACUACUGGUGUGCCGCCCUCAGCGACUCUGUGGUCAACCGGGCCUUCACGACCUUCAGCGGGCAGACCAGCAGCCGGUCCUACUUUACAAUCACGCAGACCGGCUCGUCCACUUCACUUCUCAACACGAAGCAGACGGGCAACAGCGAUAUUGGCAACCCUACGCCUUCUGGGACCCCGUCUAAAACCUCGUCAACGGCUGCCACCACCAGCACCAGCGGCUCCAGCGAUAGCGAUGGCAGCGACAAGGGCAACAGCGGAGGCGGAGGCGGAGGCAAGAAAACCCCCGUGGGUGCCAUCGUCGGUGGUGUCGUCGGUGGUGUCGCUGCGAUUGGCAUUGCCGGUAUCAUUGCCUUCUUCUGCCUGCGGCGCAACAAGAAGCAAGCCGACGCUGGCAAGACGGCGAGCCCGCCUAUGGACCAGUCUCCCGUGCAGCAGCCCAGCGUGCCGCCCAACAUGGUCCAGCAGCAGCAGCCCGGCCCGCACACGUCGUACUACAACCCCAACUACCCUCCUCCCGUCCAGGGCUAUCCCUCUCCCAACCAGCAAUACCCGCAGAACACACCGCCGCCGCCAGGAGCAUACUAUCCCGCCGCCGAUCCGUCCCUCAACCCGACGUCUCCUACAGGGUCGCACAUGACGCACAUGACCGACCCGCGGACCAACAGCACGAGUCCAGGCGUGCCCCAAUGGGGCGGGAGCUACCCGGCUCCUGUCCCGGGCCAGCAGCAGCCGCAACAGCCGCCGCACGGUUUCCAGCCGCAGCAGCCCGUCAUCCACGAGGCUCCCGCACAGACGUCGGAGAACCACCGCGGCCAGAUGCACGAGCUGAGCUGA